GAUCAUACAGUAUUUUACACUUUUACAGUACAACCAAUAAAUAAAGUUUGUCCAAUGAGAAAAUUCAUGACAGUGACAGUUGUUCAUUUUAAUUCAUAGACAGAUUGUAUUUUCUAUUUCCUGUUGUUUUUUUAUGUCGCACAGAAAAUAAUAUACUCUAUUUGCGCCGGAUCAAUAAUUAUUUGCAAACAUAUAGAUAUAUCGUGAAUGGUUAAAAGGUAUUGUAGAUUUUAAGCUCAUUGAUUUUUUUUAUUAAAAAUUUUCAUUUUAAUUCAACUUUAUUACUGGACAUUUUAUUCUUGUUUCAAACUUUUAUAAUUUUUAAUUUUCAUUAUUUCUAUAUCGCCCUGUAUGACUAUUGGCGUCUUUGGUGGUCUUUCACAUCAGACUCAUUUAUGCUUUUUUUUCUCUAUUUUAUAGUAUUUUUUAUUGUUAAUUAAUUCCAAAUACGUAAUUCUUUCUCAAAAUUAUUUUUUUUAUAGAAUUUAAAUUCAAAUGUUGGCUACACUGCUUAUUCUGGCCUAUUAGUAUUGUACAAUAUCGACAUUGAAAAUUAUCGAUACUAGAUGAUAUUUUCUUGUUGACUUGCCGUAAAAAUUAUUAUUUCUUUGUAUUAAAGAUUAACUUAAUAUCGUAACUAUUGCUGUGUUAAUUUGUCUAACGUGAACUAUUAAUUAGUAAAUAAUAUUUCUUUUAAAUAAUUAAAAUAUUUUGUAUAUUUUUGUGAAGGCCCAUAGCCCAUUCUUAAUAUUCUGACAUUUAGACAUUAGUUCCCGCCUUUUUUAACCUUACUUUUUUCGUAUUUAUUAAGAAUACUAGUGGGUAAUUUUUCAUUAAGUUUUUAAGAAUAAAUAAUGGAUAUAACAAAUAUUUCCAUUGAAGAUUGGAUAAAAGACGAGGAAGCUCAUCUUAAAAGCCUAGAAGAACGUGAUGUCUGGGAGAAAGUACCCCUAAUUAACUCAAAUCCGAUACACGAAUUUAACGAUGGAACUUUACUAAGAUUUCGUGGUAUGAUUCAAGAUAUGCACGGUCCAGAAUAUUACAUGGUCGUGUUUAAUAUCAUAAACGAACAAACAAAUGAAAAGACCGUAAAAAAUAGCAAGUAUAGGGACAUCAUUCCCGAUUGCGCCAAAGGGGAACAAAUUGAUAUGGAAAAUAAUACUCAUUUACCUGAAGAAAGACAUAGUUAUGCUGUGGUAUCCGUUCCUGGUGUUAACUCGUGGGUUACACAUUAUGAAUCUGUUAAAUAUAAAUUGGAAACUAAAAGUGAUCAUAUUGAAAGUACAUCUAACCAAAAUAAACGAACAUACAAUGAAGCAAUGGAAACUGAUGCACCUACAGAAUCAAAUCUAGUUAAAAAGCCAGUCAAUACAGAAACUGCUACGCCAAAACCUGAGAAUUCACUUUCAUUAUCUCCAGAAUAUAUUUUAAAUCAUCCUUUAGGCGAUUCAAAGGGAACAGUUUGCCAUAUGAAGGUAUACAAGGAGAGUGAAAACUUAAAAUUGAAUGAUGUGUGUGAAUUUGUUGGUUUCUUGAGUUUAGGUUCUGUUCAAUGUGAUGAGGAUGAUUUGGAAAUGCAAACCCAUCAUCCACCAACUAGCUUAGUUCCAAGAAUUCAUGUAGUGCAUUUUAAGAAAAUGACCCACUAUAAUCCUUUGGUAGAUUCUGAAUUAUCUGGAGAUGUGACUAAUUUUGUUAAUAUAAGGAAAGAAUUGUUAAUAGUACUUACACAGUUAUUACUUGGAGAUGUUUUAGCUGCAGAAUAUAUGAUUUGUCAUUUGGUUUCAGAGAUCUACUUACGUAAAGAUUAUAUGGCUCUCGGACAAUUCUCAUUAAAUAUCUCUAAUGUCCCUAAAUUGGAAAACUUUGAUUAUGUUAAAGAGGUAUAUAAGUUUCUGGAACUGUUAGUACCAAAAAGUCAUUAUUUACCGUUGACGUUAGAAAAUAUGAACACUUUAGAGUUUAUUCCAAAAAAAGAUUAUGAAUCUAAUAGAUUGAAUAGUGGUAUCUUACAGCUCAGCCAAAAUACUCUUUUAGUAUUAGAUGAAACAAAACUUGAAGAAGGUAAAUUAGAUGUUGCAGGUGUAAAAUCUGUAAAAUGCUUAGCACAAGCCAUCAAAAACCAAAAAGUAUCCUACGACUUUAAUUAUUAUCCUUUGGAAUAUGAUUGUGACAUUCAGUUUCUGAUUUUUUCAGAAGGUAAAAGUAUGUUACCUUCGGAUGUUCUCUUACCUCUAAAACCUGAUGAUACUUGUUUAAACACUUUUGGAGAAAUACUGGAAGCGGCAAAUCAUUUUUUGAAACCUGAACUGUUGAAUCAAAUAAGAAUCUAUCUUACUAGAGCAAGAUUGAUUCAGUAUGAGAUAUCUGAUCAGGUCCAAAAUUUGGUGCAGCAAGAAUUUGUUAAUAUGAGACAAAAUGGAAAUGUUACUGCUCAGGAUUUACAUGGUUUGUUGGUGUUAUGUCGGUUGAUCUGUAUAUCAGAGGGGAAGCAAACUUUGGAUCCAGAAUGUUGGAAGAGAGCUUGUGAAAUGGAAAAGGAAAGAAAAGCGAGAAUUCCAAAGUGAUUUGUUAUAUAAAAUGUUUUUCAUUCAUGUUUGUAUUUUUUUUAUUUAAUAAAUGUCUGUAUAUUUC